AUGCAGGUGAGAAAUGGUGAUCUAACUUGCCAGUACGUGUCAUUCAGCAGCAAAUUCUCAGGAGAUGGAACUCCAGUCAGAGUAUUUGCUUCAAUUAAUCAUGGAAAUAAAUCAUCAGGGAUCCAUGAUAUAGCUUUCAUUUGGAUCGAAGAUGUUACAACGAGCCGUUUCAAGGCCUGUCUCGUACAAAGUGGCAAAAACUUAGAGAGUAACAGCACUAUGAUUGAUUGGUUUGCAUUCCAAGGAUCACAAACGGGAGUAUCUCAUGGCCAAGCUAUUUUUAGUCUUUUCACAACUGGAUCACAAUGCAAUCGGGUUAAAUUCACUCAGGUAUGAAUACUUAAAGCGUAACAGUCGCUGAGUUCAUAAUCUAGUCUAGUUUUUUAUCUUUGUUCACUCAUCUAUUUUUCUUUUCUAUUUCUUUUAAAUAAGCCGUUUACAUCGAUACCCAAAAUUUACGUGGCAGUACAGCAUGGAACUCUAAACCAAGUUCAGGACGCCAUGAAUAUUUGGAUUGCGAACGUCUCCACGAAUCAUUUUGAAGUUUGUUUACAGGAAUCGACGACAUUCGACGGCCUUCACGAUAAACUUUUAGUGGUAUGUUGAACAUAGCAAUUACAAAACAGUUAUCACACGGUCAGGAAGUCUAUGAUAUUUAUUCUUCUUUUUUGCAGAAUUGGAUGGCCUACGAACGUUACCCACUAUCCUGGGAGGCAAAGGAGUCCUCAGCUGUAAGUUUUUCCGAAAACGAGGUACCAUCUACAAGAGACAGUUACGCCAUGUGUAAGGUAUGAAUUACCCCAUAUUAACCUGCCAUCAACUUCAUCACAUAGAAAAUAAUCGAAAGCAUCUCUGCCAGAUAAAUCAGGAGCUGAGAGCACAAACGUAAUUAUCGGAAAUUUUUCAAUAUGUGCGAAGGUUAUACAUGGUCAUCUAACUCCAAACGGAGAAAAAUAGAAAUAUACCAAAUUUAGAAGCUCUACCCCUUAUUAUAAAAUUAUGAAGAUAAUGGCAAACUUUUAAAAGGUUUUAAGACCUUACGGAAUGAGUCCCCCCCCCCAACAUAUUCCAAAAUAAAUCCUCCAAUAGUACAAACCCUCAGCAACGGGGGGGGGCUUCAUCAUUUAAUUCCAAUGAUGAACAUUCUUCGAGAGAUAGAGGUGGGCAACAUUGACCGGUCUUUACAUGGAACAAUGUUAAGCAACAAGCUUUAAAGAAUUAGGCAUAGAAAUAUAUAUAAUUUUUGGCAACUUCCAUUUUUCAGAAUGUCACUUUUUCAAUUCCAUUUUACUCUGCACCUGUGCUACUUACAACUGUCAUUAAUGGUGGUGAUAACAAUGCAAACAGCGAUUGCUCCGUGAAAGGUCCCAUAAUCACUUGGCUGGAGGCGAGAUGCUAAAAAAAAUAUCUAGACAUUUAUAUAAUUAGACCUAAUAUGGAAACCAGAAAUUUUGUGAGACCAAAACAAUUUGGGUACAGCCAAAGACAGAAAUUAGUCAAAAAAAAAAAAAAAAAAAAAGAAACCAAAAUUUGGCAAGAGUACAAAAUUAGUCAACCGCUCUAACAUGAUUUAUGGAGGGUCUUUACUAAGUACAUGGGACAGCCAGGAAAAAAGUUAAAAUCUAAUUAAAUAGUUUCAAAAACUAAUUGAAUAUGUAUUGUCAGGAAGAUUGGCAAAAAUUACAACAAAACUUUAAAUGAAGAUUUUCUUUUUGAACUGAAUUAACCCAGAAAGUGACGUGGUAGGUCUCUUCUGAUAAUAAGGCACGUUACACAAGACCACUAUCUUGCAAUUUUCCAACCUCUUUGGUGAAGCUAAAGGAGGACAACAGUCAUUGAGUUAUCCCUACUUAGUGGUUUGAGGAAAUGCUUUGACCUCAUGUUUUAACAACAAUAUUUUCCCUUUCUUUCUUUUAAGGAAGUGACUACCUCUUACUUUCGAGUGUGUAUAAAGGAUAGUGCUGGAUAUGAUGGUCAGAGAAGCAAAGUACUCGUUGAUUAUUUGGUUAUCGGAGGUGAGAUGUUAUGAUAUAAUUAUCAUUAAAUUUACAAACUAAAAUACAUUUAGCUGAUUUCGAUGAUGUUAGCCAUCGCAAAAGUCUUUGGGGUUUGGAAUCGGGAAAAAUAUUAAUAAACUCUCAUCGAGUGGGUUUUCAUAGGCAUAGAAUUCCAAGAAUUACACAAUUAUAUUAAGGAAACCAAUUAAUGUAAAUUAAGUGCAUAUUAUCUUCGAUUAUUCUUCAUACUGUAACACCUUAAAUUCUGGUACCUCAGUUUUCUGUAGGUAUCAAGUAAAUUUCAAACAUUCAUUUCCCGAACUGCAAAAGAUUGGAACUAACAACCUUUCGAUUGACGCGCUGGAAAAAAGGAAAUGUUUUGUCUCUUUUCAAAGUAAAAAAGGAAACAUUUCUUUGAAAAUUUUAGUUUCCUUUAGCAAUAUUUCUUACCUUGAGACUGUAUCAUUUGCAGAUUGUAAAAGUUGUACUAUUUUAAGAUGUUCAUAGCAAACUUAACCAUUUAUUAAUUUUAUUGAGGCACUUACUCAUUUCAUCGAGACCCACUUAAGACCGCCUUAGGGAGUUGGGUUCCCUUUUUAAAUUUAGUGACAUUUUUAUUAUUACUAUUAUUACAAUUACCAUCAUCAUCGUCAUCGUUCUAUAAACCCUAUCAUCAAUAUCAUUAUAUGGGGUGGAAGAGAGCUAAAAAUAUUGGUAUCAGCUGUUUCCAAUCUUCCGUCUAUUGUAAACUCUAAACUCUACUGGUACCGUUAUGUACUGAAGUUUUUGUAUCCAGCUUUUACUCUUAACAAAUAAAUAUUUCACUUACAGAUCUCGAUCCCUGUUUAAAUGAAAGUUGCAAGUAUCACAGCCAUUGUGUAACCUUGUCUCCAAACCGAUCUACUUGUGCUUGCGAAAGCAGCUGUCCGUCAUAUGAAGAACAGGUCUGCGCAUCUAACGGUCGCACAUUUACCAACUUGUGCUUGCUUAAGCAAGACAUAUGUAAAACACGUGGGAAUUAUACCAAGUAUCAUCCUGGAAGCUGUAUAGGUACAUUAUUAAUGAAAUCUAAAGUCUUUAAAUUGGUUUAGCGUUUGUUUUAAGGCCAUUUAUAUCAGAACCUUAUAAAAACUAAAUUUCUUUUCCUAAAUGUCUCACGCUCGAUAAAAGUAUUUCGCACUUUAAUGAAAAAACCUUGCUUGGUUGCAAACGUGUAUAGUGAACAAACAAGGGGAAUAAUUUGCGCGUCUGCCGUUGCUCGCAGACCUUUCGAGAAGAGACUACCCUGGCUUAAGCACACUUAAGAAAACCAUCCUGAUAGAUAGCUGUACUUUUACAUUUUUAUUGAAAUGGUAUACUCGACUGUUAAAUUAUUGCCGUUGAACAAAAUUUACCAUGCUGUGUAAUUUUGUAAGAUAUAAUCCUAAUACAAGACUCAACUCACUAACAACUUUUCAGUUGUCCCUCGGUGGUUCAGGCACCGACAGCGAAUUUCGAUGCUUUACCAGAGAGCUACAUAUUACGAUGGUGAUAUGAGCCAUGACUCAAAAUAUAUAUAUAUAUAUAUAUAUAUUUUUUUUUUAACCGGUGAACUGAAAAUUUCUAUCUGCCUUAUUCUAAUAACAACUCUGUACUUUAGGUUUCCUCUUCAGAAAGGAAGGCAUCAAUUCCCAAACGUUCCUUCCUGGGCAGAAGACCAUUGUGAAGUCAUCAAGUUUAAGCCAAUCAUAUUUUACCCUGACCAGAAAAUUUAUAUACAGCUUACUGUUAAUCACGUGAUCUACAGUGACUCCACUUUGGUACAUGAAGCCACAACACCCUGGGUUGAGAGUGUUAACAGCACUCAGUUCACAGCUUGUGUCACUCGAGCUGGUAGGAAUGAUUACCCCUCGGAUAGCUUUGCCACGGUUGAUUGGGUCGCUGGUUCUCAAGAUGGUGGACUGGGACUAGCUGUCAAACGGUCACCUUUGCCAAGGUAAAGUUAUUUUAAUGCUUCAGUAGAAAAAGACUUGAAUUUUAUUUGGUCUCUUGAAAAACUGCUAAAAAACAUUAUAAAAUAUAAAAUGUAUAGAAAUUCCCGAAUUCCUGAAACAGUAAGCGAUACUUUAGCACCCGAAAAGAGUCCAAACUUGUUGGCUACUAGCUUUAUGAAAUGCUAUCGAAUCCCUUCCUUACUUUCAUCCAACUUUUUGGUUGUAUCCUGUACAUUUUUUUAGGGAAAAUAUUCUCGGCCACCGACAAUUUUUGCAACAGCUGAGCACCACAGAUCCCAACUUAAACACGAUGCCACCAGUUUGUGGAUGGAAGAUGUCUCCGUAA